AUGGGAAUGGAGCGAGUACAGUGUACCUAUGACUCUCUGGAUGAAACUUUCGAAAUUAGGGAAGAGAUGUAUCAGGGUCAGCAAUACAGCCAUAUUUAUUUCACACGUCUUCGUUUGAUGCGAACCCUUUUGUAUUCCCUCGUUCCUCAUUGGAAACCUAAUUUUCCUGUUUGCACGGUGCUGGGAUUGGAAGAGAGCAAGGAAUGUGUCAUUGUUGGAACCCUCUACAAACACAUGAAGCUCAAACCUUGCAUACUUGAUGAGUAUUCUAAGCAGAAAUCAGUGGUUCCCCUUGUCCAGCCACGUAACUUCGUGCACUCAGAUGAUUACCUAGUUUUGGAAGAUGAAAGUGGACGGGUUAAGCUCAAUGGAAAUAUCAUUCCGCCAUCUGAAUAUGUAACAGGUAUUGUGGUUGCUUUACUUGGAAAAGAAAGUGGGGCAGGUGACUUUUUGGUUCAGGAUGUACUAGAUGCUGGCUUACCACCACAGAUAGAAUUUCCCCUUAAAUCAGGGGAAGACAAAUAUGUUGUUCUUGUGUCAGGGUUAAGUGUUGGGAGCAGCAGCUCUAAUCCUCUGCAGUUUCAGCUUCUCGUUGAUCAUAUUACAGGGCAUUUAGGAGAUGAGAAAGAGCAAAGUAUUGCAUCACAAAUUGUUCGACUUAUCUUUGCUGGAAAUUUAGUGGAGAUACCUCAAAGACUUCUUAAUGGACAGAAUUUGGCUUCAAAGGAUCUAGCAAGAAUAUCUGAGCCAAUAAGGGAGCUAGACAUUCUGUUGAGUCAGAUAGCUGCUGGUUUGCCUUUGGAUAUCAUGCCAGGACCCAGCGACCCUGCCAAUUUCUCAUUACCACAACAGUCAUUGCAUAGAUGCCUUUUCCCUGGGUCGUCAAUGUAUAAUACUUUUAGAUCUUGUACAAAUCCUCAUUGUUUUGAGCUUGAUAAUGUCAGGUUUCUUGGGACAUCAGGUCAAAAUGUAGAUGAUCUUGACAAGUAUUCGGAUGCAAAAGAUAAACUUGAAUUCAUGGAAAGGACAUUAAGAUGGAGGCAUUUAGCACCCACUGCACCUAAUACUCUUGGAUGCUUUCCUUAUACUAAGAGGGAUCCUUUCUUCAUUGAGAGCUGUCCUCAUGUUUACUUUGUUGGAAAUCAAGAUAAAUUUGAAACUCGUGUCAUAAAGGGAUCAGAAGGGCAGUUGGUCAGACUCGUAUGUGUUCCUAAAUUCAGUGAAACUGGAGUUGCUGUUAUGUUAAAUAUAAGGGACCUCGAAUGUCACGCUCUCAGUUUUGGAACUCAAUUCAGCUCAUAA